ACCACAAAAUUGAACAGUUUAUGCGAGACAAUGUUCCUGUCAUCGUGAACCGCAACAGCAACGUGCGUCGCAUGGAAAUGUGGCCUUACAUUCGUCUUGCACUUCGUUAUGGGUACACCAUCAUUCUGGCAGAGACCCACAACAGGAUUUCAUCCGACACCGAGUUGCUGGUACUGUCAAACACAGAGCGACUGGAUGAAACCUACCUGAAUGACAGGAUAAAGCAGUGGGAAGAAGUCUACCCACUGUACACGGGAUGGUUUUUGAGACCCUCCGACGGGUUGCAUCUGCAGAUGCGCUACGCUGAGAUCUCAAGUAUUGCUGUCGAGAAUGGGUGGAACAUUCCAAAAAUUUGUCACGCCGAGGCCCUCGUCUUCUGUCUCGGACGGCUGUGCUCAUUUGGAAAGGAACCCGAAGACCAGGUAUACUGUGACAGCGACAAGGUGAAAGACAGCUACGGCUCAAAGCAUACAUUGGCCAUAUUCGGAUAUGCAGUAGUGGACAACAUUGUUCUUGCUGCGGUUAAUCUAAACGAAGACCAGCAGUCAAUGAUUGACAACCCAGACGACAAGGAGGAGUGCUCAGUCAAGACUGCUGCUGGUAUCCAGGUGGACGACUGGGAGGCAACGAAAUGUUCCGUUAACAUUGAAGACAUUGUUUGUGCAACUACGGACCGAGAGGAACCAUCAAAAUUGGAAAAAUUGGACCAAGUCCCAAGCGCAGACACGGUCAGCUUUAUUGUUCUGGGCCGCACAGAGAAGCAUCAAGGGCGUGAUUUCAUUUAUGACAAGGAGCUUUGCAACUCGUUGGAGAGGUUUUCGAGGGAGAGGAUGAGCGAAGGAGUUCCACGUGGGGAACAGCUGUCUCUCGACCAAAUAGACAUCUACAAAGUGGAAAAUGAGUUUCUGAUCGUGGACAGCAGGACUGUUCAACUGGACUCUGUGUUCACCGGGUUCUACCAGAGCUACAGCGUUGCGACUCCUCUUUGCAAAUACUUCAACUCACGAAAGGGAUGCCUGAAUGGACCAGUCUGUAAAUAUAGGCAUAAGCCCCUCUAACGUCGAUGCUGCACACACUGCGCAUGACUAAUAGAGUUAUGUGCAUAGAUUAUAUAUGGGCAUGCUGGAAGAAUCAAUGCUUAGAGCUUUGUGUUUUAGUGGUCAUACUAGCAAAACCUCCCAUCUCCUAGUUUGCAUCAUUGCCGUAUGGGGUAAAACUCACCCAUGCAAGAAACCCAGAAACAAACUUUCUCUGUGUGCUGGCUUCACCUCACAGUAUGUAUGUUCUGUAGUAAAUUCACAAGUCCAAAUCCAACUGA